AUGGCAAACUUCAAAAGUCAAAAUAGUUCAAUUGAAAACAAAAUACGAGAAUUCCAAUCCGGAGUAGACUACGUUUUUACUGGAGAAAAAUAUCAUGCUCCCAACAAAGUAGAAACCAAAGGUUAUACAGUAAGAAAUUAUGACAUAAAUUCUCCUCGAUUAAGAAAAGUCCUGUGGGAAAUGCUAUCACGGCAAGUCGCUAUCCUCACGUCGUUUGAUUUUGUCGGAAAAUCCUAUGUUUCUGAGAGUUUAAAUAGGAAUAAUGCUAGUUAUUAUUGUAACAUUAAAGACUAUUAUAAUGGUGACAACCAAAAAGAGCAAGAGUUAGUUCAAGCUUAUCAAGUGGCCGAACGUCGCUAUAACGAGAAAGUUAAACAAAAUGGUUCUGAGCCGAAACUUAAUAUUCCGCCCUCAGGAACAAAGUGUUGA